AUGUCGAUCGGCUCCGGAAAUAAAUUUCCAAAAUGCAACAAAAUCCGACACAUUGUACGACUCCGUCAAAUGCUACGACGUUGGAGGAACAAAGCAGUACAACGCCGUAUUCCUUCCGACGUUCCCUCCGGUCACGUCGCUGUUACCGUUGGUUCUAAUCGUCGCCGUUUCAUUGUCCGUACUACUUUCUUAAACCAUCCGGUUUUUAGAAAAUUGUUGGUUCAAGCCGAGGAAGAAUACGGGUUUACAAAUCAAAUCGGUCCACUCUCUAUUCCUUGUGACGAGAAACUGUUCGAAGAAAUUCUUCGGUUAAUGAACCGUUCUGAAUCCAAUGGCCGGUUCGCUAAUCUUGAGGAUUUUCAACGGUCUUCUUAUUGCCACGUUGGAUUCCAUUCUUCUCUUAUGGAUUCUCGUCCGUUGCUUGAGACGGGAUCAUGUAUCUGAUUUUAACCCGUGGUGCUGUGUUGAGUUAAUGAGUUGACCCGGGUAUAUGACUCAUACGAGUUUGAUUAAAUGUAUCAAUGUAUGAUGCCAAUUUUUUCAAAUAGGGUAGUUUCUUUUCUUAUACUGAGUGACUGAGUUGAGUCAAAUGGGAGAUUCACUCCGAGUUUAGAAUGAGUGGAGAUGGCGGGAAAGGUGGUUAUGGAACUGAGUCUACCACCGAGUCGUCCCGAGUUUGAAUUAGAGCGAGUGAAUCACCGUUAAAUUUGUUCGCGAUACAAACUGUAAUAAAGUGUAAAGUUGACCCACAAUUGAGAAGGGUCACUUUUGUAAAU